AUGGGAACUAUACAAGAAGCCAGAGAAAAGACGGUGGAUCUCGGCAUGGAGGAGAAUGCAGAAGCAGCAAUACUAGCAGCAUCCUUGAGACUUGGGGAACUGGAGCUGAAGGAAGAAUGGCAAGAUGAAGAAUUCCCUAGAUUGCUUCCUGAAGAGAUUGGCCCUUCUGAGGAUCCUCAUGAUCCUGAAAGAGACACACAGGCAGGCACCCCCAGCACUUUAGCCCUGUGUGGCCGGCGCCCCAUGCGCAAGCGUCUUUCUGCCCCGGAGUUGCGACUGACUCUGACUAAGGGGCCUGGAGACAAUGGAGCUUCUCCCACCCACUCUGGACCUUCUUCUUCUGAUGGCAGUUCUGACCUGGAGGUAGACGAGUUGGAAACACCUUCAGACUCGGAGCUGCUGGACAGUGGACAUGAAUUUGAAUGGGAAGAUGAGCUGCCUCGGGCAGAGGGGCUAGGGGCCAGUGAGGCAGCAGAAAGGCUGGGCCACGGUUGUAUGUGGGAUGUGGCUGGAGAAGAUGGUCAUCGCUGGAGGGUGUUUCGAAUAGGACAGCGGGAGCAGCGAGUGGACAUGACUGUCAUUGAGCCCUACAAGAAAGUCCUAUCUCAUGGAGGCUACCAUGGUGAUGGCCUCAAUGCUGUUAUCCUCUUUGCUUCCUGUUACCUACCCAGAAGCAGCAUCCCCAACUACACCUAUGUCAUGGAACACUUGUUCAGGUAUAUAGUGGGAACCCUGGAGCUGCUGGUAGCUGAAAAUUAUCUGCUGGUUCACCUGAGUGGAGGCACAAGUAGGGCACAAGUUCCACCUCUGAGCUGGAUACGCCAAUGUUAUCACACCCUGGAUCGGCGGCUCCGGAAAAACCUGCGUGCUCUGGUGGUUGUCCACGCCACAUGGUACAUGAAGGCAUUCCUGGCAUUGCUUCGGCCCUUCAUCAGUUCCAAGUUCACACGAAAGAUCCGUUUUCUGAACAGCCUUGGAGAGCUGGCCCAACUCAUCUCCAUGGAUCAGGUCCACAUCCCAGAAGUUGUCAGACAGCUGGACCAUGAUCUCCAUGGCUCAGGAAGAACCUAG